AUGCUCUCAGACGCCGACAUGGCGCGGGUAUGGGCGACUGCGCACAACGGUGGUCUCUCGGUGCUUUCGGGCAUUCCCGUCAACGGCAGCAUCGCGCUCGACCUCCAGAGCAUCGCCACCCACGGCCUCACACCGAUCAACGGCGCGAGUCUUCUCACCAACGUCCAAUUGGCGAUCGAUCUCGGAACGCUCGUUGUCAAGGACAUAUCAACGCGACCCGCGACGUCCUCUAAAACCUCAAACCUCAACGCGAGCAACAGGUCGACUAUCGUCAAUGCGAUCCCAAAUCGCAUUUGGAGUGUCCAGGUGGACCUCAACACCAAGGUGUGUCGUCGCCAAGGCGUCGGGUCGCCUGUUGUGAGCCAGUGCUUUGCAGGUGCCUACGGUGCGCUCUGCUACCCCAAAUGCAACGAAGGCUACAAGCGUGCGGGAGCACAGCCACCGCGGUGUGUCUCGCGCCUCAACCAUCUCGAAAAGACUGGUCUCUUCUGCUACCCGCCGUGCGCUACCAACCAAGUCGGACCCUUUUGCUGGCCCGAUUGCGUCGUGGCGUGUGUGAGCACAACCGUCGAUAUCCUCGGGUCGUCGGCCACGAUCACCCUCACGCUUGUUUCGCUAGAUGACAUUGGCUUGAUCAUCCACUUCGGCGUGUGUCCCAAGUAA